CCAACUCAUCAACAGCGAUUUCAAGUAACGAGUAUUAUAGAGAGGUUCAAUUAGGUAUAUCAGAAAAAUCUAAAGGAAAACUACGAGAAUAUGAAGCUAGUCAAAUUCCAGCAGAAUUUAAAGAAUGA